GUCUGCUUACAUCAUCCUACCUGCACACGUGCAUAGAGCUUGUGUGCUUGAUAUAAAACGAGAAGAUGCUCUCUGGUGCUGUCCCAAGUGAGCCGGAACAGCAGGCCCAGCACUGCUGGGUUAUAAAUGCACUCUGCAGGGCAGCCAGCUGUGGCCUGAGCUGGUUUCCUCACUGGUGCGAGGCUCUGGAAAGCACAGAUGCUUGUUGCUUUCUGGGCUGGACCUCAUUGUGCAUCCCUGGAGGAGCUCCGUAGGAUCACUGCUGGACUGGGCUGAGCAUCUGUAGCCAAGCUUGAAUGAAUGCUUUGGAAGGCUGGGGGGAUCUUAAAAGCAGGGACAGACGUUUUACAAAGCACUGGAGGAGGAAGCAGCAAGAGAGGGUCUCCAUCCUCAUUGGGUCCCUGAACAUUGCUGAGGAGAGCAAUGUUCACAUGCAGGAGCAGGCAGGCCUCUUCUUUCCAGAAACAUUACUCGUAUCUCAAGCUACUUGUAUACCAGAGGGAGAUUGUGCUGGCUAGAGCAGGAGGGAUUUGGACUUGGCAGUCUAUUCCCAGCUCUGCUACUGAUUUCCCAUGUGGCUUCAGACAAGUUACUUUAAUCCAGUUUCCCUGCUUGCCAUCGUUUACAGGGUUGAUAAUACUGGCCUGCCUCUGCUGAGCACUUUCAAGCUUAAGUGAUGUUUUCCAAAUGCUUUAGGACACUCAGAAAGCUAUCCUGUCAAGGUGAAGUUGAGAGCAGCACACACGAUGACACAGGUGGAAAAAAACAAAACCAUGGCAUGCUAAGUCACAUAUAUAGUGAUGAGCUCUGAGCUGACCGUUUCCCCUUAGGGAAGAGAAUACAGUGCUAAACAAAUGGCUACAAAAACAAGUACACAAUACUUUCUAGCACGGAAUACUAGAAAUUAUGAGAAAGGCAAUGAAAAAGCACAAAACAGUCACACCAGCCCAGGAACUAGUCUCACACCCGCCCUGUUAACACUGCGUGCAGCCCUGGCUCCCCGUCCCAAGGCGGACACAGUAGAAGUGGAAAAGGUGCACAGGCCAAGUAGCUCAAAGGUAUUGUAUAACCUGUGUGCAGGGAGAGACAAAGCAGGGUUUUGAAGGGUAUGAUAAAGAUCAGUGACAUUUGCCAAGCAGCAUGAAGACAGCAAGUCAGUUUUUGCUAUUCACAGUCUCCCAUCACUGCCAGGGCUCCUCACCAAAUGAAACCAGCAGUGCUGGGUUUGGGAGCAAAAGCAGGUACUUCUGACAGUGCAGCACAAAACCACCCCUAUUUGCUCAUCUCGUUUUUACACUCUCACUUCUAGAAUCACCACUGGUUGCUUUUGCAUAGACAAUUAGUUUUGCCCAACCAGCAGGUUGUAUAUCCUUACUAAUUUUGUUAAUGAGGUUGGAGUUGGAGCUGCUCUUCAACACACUGCAUGAUGGAAAUGUCAGCAGGGGUAUGAAUGUGGGAAACACCAGCAGGUCAGUGGGGCUGGAAGCAUACACAUACCUGGGAGGCUGCACUGCCCCUUGGCAGGAGAACACCUUGUUCCUCUGCAGCGCCCGGCAAUAAAGCCGUCAGCAGAGGAUUAAGCAGGAGGGGCAGACACAGUAAGUGAAGGCUCAUGUUAAGGCUCACGAUAACUCUUCAUGGCUUAUAAAACAACCUCCUCCAGAAGCACAAGGUCAAGUUUCUGUCCCAGUAUUCCUAGCGCAGUACUCCUAGUGUUUGCAGCAUGGGUGAUUUGCAUCAUGGGCAUUUAACCCUUUGAGCUGAAACUUCUUGCACACAUAUUAGCGCAGAAAUAAUAAUUUAUACCUUGAUUAGAUCUGUCCUCAGGGAAGGGGUGUUGGUAUCGCUACAGAUACCUACAGACAGGGAGCUGUGCUCUUGGGGAGAAUAGGAGCGACCUUUUUCUCUCUAUGGAGGUAGCAUGACAGCAAUACAGUCAGUGUGGACAACUGAACUGCCUAGAAAAAGGAAAAGUGUCCCCAGUGGUUUAAAGCAAAUUAGCCCUCUAAUGUGCCCAAUGACAUUAAGAGAAGUUAGAUGGUACUCAUGUGCUAGCUUUAUACUCAGUGAAAAACUGUCCUCUCUUUCCACUGCUCACAACUGCAGCGUUGAAACUGUUCCAGUGUUUAAAAAAAGCUGUGGGGAAUCUGCAUUUGAAUUUAAUGGAAGUGCUUUUGCUCUGUGAUGGUAAUAAGGUACAUCUAUUAAAAAUUCUUCACUCUAGUAGCUGUUUGCUGAAACUAGAAUCCUUUGUUCUUUUUAAAGAAAAGAAAAAUCCAAACCAGGACCACUUCAGCUGAUCUGGACCGAUCAGAUCUAACUACAACAGCAAAUAUAACUACAACUCAGCCUUACAGUCCAUUUUACCUAAGUGCUUGCCUUAGAGAAAAAAAACAACCACAAAAGACAAGAAGAAUCCAUUUUUAAGUGGAAACAAAAAUAAGUAAAGCUGAGCUCUGGAUCCAGGGCUAAAUAGAAGUAUCUAAUGUAAAAUUUGCAAUGAGACCAAGAGUUCUGGUUCAUCACCAGUGUUUCCAGUUGGCAGGUGGGAGCAGCGAACACUAGUGCUGGUGCCUUUCCUGACGGCUUGUAUUUGGUCUUUUUCCAGUAUGCCACAACAGGCUGCUCUCUGACACUCCAUCACACAGAAAAGCCAGAACACGAAGACAUCUGUGAGUAUCGUCCCUACUCCUGCCCAUGCCCUGGUGCCUCCUGUAAAUGGCAGGGAUCCUUGGAAGCCGUGAUGUCCCACCUCAUGCAUGCCCACAAAAGCAUUACCACGCUUCAGGGAGAAGACAUCGUUUUUCUUGCCACAGACAUUAACCUUCCAGGAGCAGUUGACUGGGUGAUGAUGCAGUCGUGCUUCGGUCACCACUUCAUGCUGGUGCUGGAGAAACAAGAGAAGUACGAAGGUCACCAGCAGUUUUUUGCCAUCGUGCUGCUCAUCGGCACCCGUAAGCAAGCGGAGAACUUUGCGUACAGACUGGAGCUGAACGGCAACCGCCGCCGGCUGACCUGGGAGGCAACACCCCGCUCCAUCCACGAUGGGGUGGCUGCAGCCAUCCUGAACAGCGACUGCCUAGUUUUUGAUACGGCUAUAGCACACCUUUUUGCUGACAACGGAAACCUCGGCAUUAACGUGACUAUUUCUACGUGUUGUCCGUGAUGUAUUUGUGUAGCUAGCAAAACCUAGGCUGUCUGGACAUAGUGCUUUACAUUCACCAAGAGUUUUCUUUUUGUUCUGUUUUUUUUUUAAAAUGAUACUCAACUACAUCAUCGUGUUGCUAAGGUUCCUAACUAGCCAACAUUUUUAACUUUGGAGAGAAGAGGAACAAGAGUGUCCUGUAAGUAAUAUGAGUGAGAAACAGUUUUUUAAAUUCUUGGGUGCCUUAGGAAGAUUCCCCUUACACAGUCACCUUUUUUAAUUUAAUUAUAUUUUAUUUAAAGAGUGCUUCCAUUAGACAUGUGGCUUAAGAGACUUGAAGAACUGCAUUCCUGUUUGGAGCGCACCUAAAAGCCCUUUCAGCAGGAACACAAACUUGCUUUCUCACUGGUGAGCUUUAACAUCAGUUUUCAGUAGGUGGGAAAGGAAAGAAAUCCAAGCAACCUCUCUCAAGAGAAGUUGUGACUCAAAGGGGAACAAUAGGUAUUUCAGUGUCGAUACUCCAUUUCCUGAUACCUUUUUAAAAAGGGAUGGGCAAUGAAUCAUUUGCUAUGUUUUUAAAUGAUGAAAGGGGAGGAGGGCCUGGGGUGAAGCAUGGCAGGUUUCACAGAGCAUGGGAGUUGCUGGCUCCUGUCCGUUUUAAGGGGAUCAGUGAGCACAGCACGUGGCACAACCGCUCAACCGGGUACUGGUGAAAGCAGGAGGCACACAUCUAACGUAUCUCAAACAGCUAGAGCCAAUAACAUAGAAAUAUAUUCAGGCUGUUCACAUGCAGCUUCCCUCGGAGACAUACUUGACUAUUGAUUAUUGUAAAAGACUAAUAAUAUAGCAAGAGCUUUAUGGCCAGUGUCGCGUCAUUUGCUAUUUAAGUUUUGUUGCCAUAUUUUCUUUUAUUUUGUAAUAAAUAUUUUG